CACUGUCCGUCGUCGGUAUGAGAUAACGACACGACAACGAUAAUUUUUAAUUUUGGAUCAGCUCAGUCGUCGACUCGUCGUCAUCACGAUCAGCAGUGAUACUGUGUCACUGUGAUAGUACGCACUCGAGUACGAUAGAUUAUUAUUAUUCUGGAUUCGUGGGCCGUGGUGGUUGUUAUUAUUGUCGUGACGGCUAUCGGAUAUAACAACAAUAAUAAUCUUAACAAUACGAUGACGACGAUGGCAAUGAUAACGAGUGAUACGAAAUAACAAGACAAACUGCGUGCCGGCGACGAUCCGCGUUAUUACUGAUAAGAACCGUCCGUACUUACAUUAACACCUCACUCGGUGACGAUUCAAACGAGUCGCAUUGUCGUCGCCGUUUCCGCCGAUCGACAGCAAUAGUCGCCGUAAUCGUGCGUUGUUUCUGCGUGCCGACAAGCCGGAAGUGACAGCGCCGUCAUGUCGUCCGCAAGACAUCAUUCACGACUAUCGACUAGUCGCCUCCAGUGAUCCGCCCCCUUUGCGCUCCACAAGUAACCAUGGCCCGGCCCGUCGUCGUCACUUCGGUCCUGCUGCUGCUGUUAUGCGCCGUCCGUGCAUCCGCUCUCGACUCGUUGUUGGCCGAACCGUCAUGCGUCGAUUACUUGAAAUUGAGAUGUGCCAACGCGGGCACUGCAGCGGUGUCCAAACUCGACAUCCUGGAAUGCAUACAGCUUUAUGAGGAUUCAGAUUUUUCGGGUAACUGCCCAAAAGCCAUUUGGACUCAUUUAAAAAAGUUUAUGGCAAAAGAAAAUCUUCGAGCUGUACUAUGGCCAAAAUGUAGAUAUGAAAUUGAAAAACUCAAUUGUGAACGAGAUAAAAAUUGGUUUGGUUGCAUAGUUGACAAAAAACAAGGCAUCAGGAAUAAUGACUGCCUUCAUUUAAUAAUGCGAAUCGAAAAUAUAGCAUUUUCUGAUUUUAGACUUAUCACAAAUUUUUCAAACUCAUGUCAGGAUGAUAUAAACAAAUUUCAUUGUUACAAUAUUUCCGUCACAGAUACACUGUAUCGAGGACGUGUAUUGGAAUGCCUUCAAUCCAACAUAGACAAGCUUUCUCCAAAGCAAUGUUUACCUUUGGUUUAUAAGCUAUCUGAGUGGCAAGCAGAUAAUAUAAAAUUUGAUUACUCUCUUCAUAUGGCAUGCUUAAAAGACAAAGAGAAACUAUGUGCUGACAUUCCAACUGGUAGUGGUUUGGUUUACAACUGUCUUGCUGGACAUAUUGGUAGUGGUCAAAUGUCACUUCCGUGCCAAAAUCAACUCUGGAGGAGAGAGAAAUUGAUUUCUGGUAAUAUUAGAGUCAGUAAAGGAUUAACUAGAGCAUGUAGAGAAGACAUCCGUACAUACCGUUGCCGAAGAUUAGUAUCUGAUGACAAGGACGUACGUUUAGCACAACUUCUGUUGUGUUUAGAAAAUGCUAUACAUAAUGGCAGUAAAGUAUCCUCUGAUUGUCAAUUUGAAUUGAUGGAACAUCGAAAAUUAUUACUCCAAAAUCAUCAUUUAUCACCAGAGGUUGUUUCAACUUGCUCUAAUGAUAUUGAAAAAUAUUGUAGAAAUAAUGAAGUAAGCAGACGAACAAUUCAUUGUUUAAUGGACCAUUCUAAGCCAUCACGCCAAAAAAAUCGAAUAGAUAAGGCUUGUCAAAAAUCAUUACAAAAGCUUAUGCGCAUUACAAAUAUUGGCGAAGACUGGAGAGUAGAUCCUGUACUCCAAGAAAUGUGUCAGUCUGAAGUUGAUAAAUAUUGCUCUGAUAGACCUCCUGGUUAUAACAGGGUGAUAUCUUGUUUGUUGGAAAAAUUAUUUGUGGGAUUAGUCCAAGAUAAAUGCAAGAACGCGUUACUGCCUGUUCAAUAUUUUAUUAAUCGUGAUUUCACAUUAGACCCUGCAUUAUAUCAAGCAUGUUAUUCAGAUGCAUCUAGAAUAUGCAAAGCUACUGGAGAUUGGAUAAAAGAAUCAAAAGAAAACUUGAUUUUGCCAUGUCUUACUCAGUACUAUCGACCUUUUACAUCAUCUUCAACUGGAGCAAAAUAUAAAUUAAAACCAAAAUGUAAAGAUCAAGUACGAAAAGUAAUGAUACAACGAGCUAUCAGUGUAGAUCUAAAUCCAGAAAUUGCCGAAGCAUGUAUUAAAGAUCUUCCAAAUUUUUGUCACAAAAAAACUGGUGUCGGAGAAGAAAUGCUCUGUUUACAAGACCACUUCACCAACAAAAAGAUGACCAAAGAAUGUAAAGAAUCGAUUAGUCGGUGGACAGAAGCACAAGCUGAAGACAUUCAGUUAAACCCUGUUAUUAGAUUACAUUGUAAACCAUUCAUUCAACAAUUUUGUUCGGCUGAACUUUUAUCUAAAGAUGAAGUAGGUAAAAAUGAUGUUAUGGAUUGUUUGAUCAAAAAUAAAAACAAUCCAGAAAUGAAAACAGAAUUAAAAUGUCGUGCUGCUGUGGAACAUUUUCAGUUGAUAUCUAUGAAUGAUUACCGUUUUACUUUAUCGUUUAAAGAAGCAUGUCGAUCAACUGUUAUUAGGUAUUGUCCUAAGUCACGUACCAAACCAGAGGUUGUAGCAUGUUUAAGUGAAGUAGUACGUAAUGAUACUAUAACCGACUCUAAGCAUAAAGUAACAAAACCAUGUCGACAACAAUUACGUGCUCAGUUAUUGCAGCAACGAGAAUUCUUAGAUUUAGAUCCGGUUUUAAAAAAAGCAUGUCAAGAUGAUAUUACAAAACAUUGUUCUAAUAUGGAAUCUGGUUCAGCACAGGUUUUAGUGUGUCUUGAAAUGAACAAAAGCUUAUUAUCAGAUCAAUGUCACCGAGUAAUAUUUUUGAUUCAAAGACAAGAUUUGACUGACAGUUCAUCAGAUUAUGUUUUAUUAACAAAAUGCCAUAAAAUGUUGCAAAUUUAUUGUAAAGAAGAAAAUACCUCUCGGGCUUUGAGCUGUCUAAAGAAAUUUAAACAUGAUCUUACGUUUGAAAAACAAUGUCAAUCCCUUGUAAUUCAACGUAUGAUUGAACAAAGUGAUGAUUAUAGACUCGAUCCAGCACUGCAUCAUAGUUGUCAAGCAGACAUAAAUUUAUAUUGUAGUCAAAUAUUAGCUAAAUUACGCCCAGAAUCUGAGUAUAAUGGCAAAGUGUUACAAUGUUUAAAAGAAAAGUUUCGGCAAAGAAAACUUAAGCCAGAAUGUGAGAAACAAGUAUCUGUUACUUUACGUGAAUCUGCAUUAAAUUACAAAUUAAAUCCAUUGUUACGAAGUCUUUGUACAACUGAGAUUAAAGAGCUUUGUCGAAAGGAAGAGCACAAUGAAGGCAAUGGUGAUCUAGAGGAUUCUGGACAAGUGGAGGAAUGUUUGAAACAAGCAUUGAGUCAUGGGUUAAUAGAUAGUCGAGCUUGCCGUUUAGAGGUAGCUGGAUUAAUUGAAGAAUCUAAAGCUGAUAUAAAUGUAGAUCCAUUGUUACAACGAGCAUGUUUUCUGGAUAUUACCAAGUACUGUGAUGAAGUCCCUCAGGGAGCUGGAAGACAUUUACAAUGCUUACAAUCAGUUGUUCAAUCCAAAACUAAAACGCUCAGUGCCAAGUGUCAUGACAUGCUGCUGCAGAGGAUGGAAAUGUUUAAAAACGCUAAAGCAUUGAUUUACCCAGAGAAUUUACAACAAUUAUAUGGACAAGUCGCCAAAUCACCUUCUAAGAAAUACCUAAUAGUCGUUUUAUUCACUUUUAUGGGAUUAAUAUUUAUAGUUGGUUUGUUUUGUGGCCGUGUAAGUCGAAGAAGUGCAAUUUCUAAAAAAAAAUAGAUUUUGUCAUUGGCCAACACUGAUAGGUAGCUUAAUUUAAAAUGAACAUAUUAAUUUUGUGAAUCUCUCCUUAUAUACAUAUAUAAAUUUUUAUUGAAUGUGUACAUUAUACUAUUUGAUAUUUACUGUUAGACGCAUUAAUGUUAACUAUUAUGAUAGUGGUGAUUUUUAGUAUAAUACAACAAACAGAACAAUUUGAGUUAAGUUAAUUGUUAAUUUUUGUAAUUUUUUAAACAUAUUAUGCUACGGUUAUAUUAAAAUACGUAUAAAAUCUUUGAUGUAAAAAUUCAAAAAUAUAUACAAGUUAAAUAACGAAAAAUAAUAUUAUCUAUUAUGUCUUAAGAUUCAGCACCAUGGAAUAUUUGUAUUAGAAUAGUAAAGAAAAUAUAUUAAGCUCAAAAUUUAUUUUAUAAGUUUUAACUUUAUGGUUUAUUUCUAUAUAUUUACUUUAUAUAAUUUUUUCUUCAUUAUUUUUAGUUUAAAAACCAAAUUAAAAUUGUCCUUGUAAGUUUUAACAUGACCAAACAUUAAAUGUAAUUGUUAUUGUUAGUAGAAUUGUGUCCUUUGUAUUGAGUCCAAAAAUAUUAUAGAAAAUGCUGGGUCACCACAAUUGGCGUGCUUGCUAAAUGCCUAUGUUAACCUUACUAUGUUAGUAUAUUGUAGUGACGGUCAACUUGUAUAAUUAUUUAUGGUCUUCCGAGAUUGUCAGUAAAUGCUCUGAAAAUUAAUUUACUAAUGAAUAUACUUAAAAAUAAUUGUAUUAAUUGUUGGAACAUUUUUAUGUAUAUUAUUGGAUCAUUUUAUUGGCAAGUACACUAAUUAUGGGAACUCAACUCAAUACUAAUGACGUUCUUACACAAUAAACAAUCUCGGUUAAAGUGGAUAUGCUUCCUUGGAUAUUUUAAAUUAUUUGUAAUGUACAUAAUAUUAUAAACUUAGUUAUACAAUAUACAUGAUAGAUAUUUGUCCAAUUUAAAUGUUUUGUUUAGGUUAAAUUUAAGUAUAACAAAGAGCACUUGAAUACUUGGUACAUUCAAUACAAAAAUGUAUACCCUUUUUAAAUAUUCAAAUCAUUCAAAACACUUGUUAAAUUCAGCUAUCAAAAAAGUACUCUAUUUACAUUUUUAUUUUUAUUUAUAAUUUUUAAAAAUCAAUAUAACAAUUUACGCUA